AUAUAUCGAACUGAACUGAACAUAUGUCAGAUACGUGCUGCAUAAAUUCAACAAGAAUUUCAUGUUUCACAGAUAUCUAUUUGUUUCCCAUAUAUUACCGAAAUCACCGAGAAGUGAAGAAUAAAAGGGAAGUAAAGAAACAAGUUGAGGUUUCCAAAAACAACCGCAUCACAUUUUUCAACAUGACGAAUCCGUCGGAAUAUAGCCAAGCGAACAUGUUACGUACUUUCGUACAGUGCUUAAUUGACGAGUUCGAAGAAGAAAUAAGAUGUAUGUCAGGAAAGUGUAUAGACAUUGGUUGUGGUCCCGGUGACACUACAAAAGAUAUUCUCCUACCCGCACUCGACCCAAAAGCGGUAGUCACUGGUGUGGAUAUCUUGGAAAGUAUGAUUACGCACGCCAAGAAAGUAUACGGUGACGAGGUACGACUCAAUUUCGACAUACUUAACAUUGAAACAAAAGAGUUGCCAAAAAAAUAUAUUUCUCAGUACGAUCAUGCAUUCACAUUUUAUGUUCUGCAUUGGUGCCAAGAUAUUCGACAAGCAAUUGAGAAUAUCUAUCAUUUACUUCGACCUAGCGGAACUGUAUUAGCACUAACAGUCGUGUCUCAUGAUUUGUUUGAUAUCCUACACAAAUUGUCGCAAGAUGUACGCUACAAGUCACAUAUACAGCAUAAAAAUUAUUUUAUUCCGCCGUUUUACAACUCUCUUCAACCUCAGAAAGAAUUAAAAACAUUGCUCAAAAGUAUUGGCUUUAAUGUACUUCAUUGCAGCCAUCGUGAAAGAACAUUCCCCGCUAGAGAUAUUCGCCAAUUCGCAAGUAUGAUACUAUCUUUCGUGACACAAUUUUUGGGAAACAUGCCCCACGAACGAAUGGAACAAUUCAAAGAUGACUUUAUACGGGAAUAUAUAAGCAGAUUUGUCUAUAAAUGUACAUGCGGACAAAAUGAAAGGAUUGCAUCAGAUUUACACGAAGUAUUAGUUUUUUAUGCACAAAAAAAGUAAUGAUAUAUAUUUGUUAAGCAAAUCCGUUUGUUAUAGCCGUGCAAUCGUCGUUGAUGUUUAUAUUUACAUCAAAAUGAAGUACAUUUGUCUUUACUUUUCAUCAUUAUAAUUACCGUUAUUCCAUAAGCUACUUUAGUUAAGUUUAGAGUUAUAGAUUUAAUAAUACUUUGAUAUACAUGUAGUACGAAGAUACCAAUCAAGUUUAUACAUAUCUUAUUUAGAAAUAACGUACCGAAGAAUUAUAAUUAUAAUAAGUAGAUAUAGUUGCAAUAAAUGGGUAUGAUAUAAUAUGUACAUCGGUUAUAUUUGUAACAAUUGU